AUGUCGAGCAGGAGGUUCAAUAAGGCGUGCUUGGCGUCGCCCGGGCACACGAGGUACCUGGACAACCGGAAGGUGAUACCAACUGUGCUGACGGCCAAGCGGCUGAGCGAGAUCAUAGCCAGGGCAACCAUGCAGAAGAGGCGGGACUUUGUGGCCGCUGAGCAGGAGGAGCAGCGGUACAUGCAAUAUCUCCAAGAUGGCAAUGAAGCUCUAUGCAGGCGAUUCAAGAAGAUUCACCUGUCCUUGGACGAGGAGAAGCAGGCCAAGCUGGACCAGGAGGUAAAGGAUGCGGCCAUUCUCGACAAACAGGUGAAGCUGGAGGACGAACAGAUGCGCAAGGAGCGCAUCUAUAGGGCCAAUCGCAUACUCGAAAACAUGAAGCCGGGCCAAGUGGCACUGAAAAGCGCUCGCCUGCAGAGCGAAGUGAUCUUCCAGCGGAAAUACAACAAGGCCGUCAAUCGUCGAAUUGCCGAAGAGGCGAAGCAGCAGCAGGAGCUCAACGAGAAGCUGUGCCCGGAGAUCUGCAUUCCGUACAGCGUGCUCGGUGUAGAGGAGGAGAAGCUGGAGAGGAAGGCAAAGGCGCUCGAGUACGGCCAGGAGCUAGCAAGGGAGGUCGAGGAGCGGCGCCUGCGCAAGCUGGACGAGAAGGAGCAAGAGAACUUCGAUGGCAUUGUGGAGCGGGCGCAGUACCAGUGCCUGCACGAGCUGGAGAAGAAGGCGGCCAAGGAACGCGCCCAGAAAAGUCGCGAGUUCCGCGUGCGCUCCUAUCGAGAUGGCCUCAAGGAAAAGGCGGAGGUCGAAAAAUACGCAAACAUUUGCGAGGAAAUUGGGGAUCGAAUAGUCUGCGUGGACACUGUGAAGAAGCGUCGUCUCAACACGGAUGCGGCCAAGGGCAUCAAGCAGCAGAUGGCCGAGCGGAUCCAGAGGAAGGAGCAGCUCGCGAUUGAGCUGUGCCGCCAGCAGCAGGCGCAGAGGCGCCGGGCCGAGGAGCUGGAGCAGCAGGUGGUGGACCGGUUUGAGGAGGAUAUGCUGGUGGAGCAGGCACGCCGCGAGUGCAGGCUGCAGGAGCUGGCCAAGGAGCGGCGUGCCUACGAGCUGGAGCAGCAGCAGCAGCAGGAGCUGCGACGCAAGCAGGCGGCGGAGAUUCGUCGCUUCCAGGUGGCCGAGCGACUCAAGAAUAGCCAGGUGAAUCAGCGCUUCCAGUGGUGCCAGAAGGCCAAGAAGCACGACGAUAGCGUCAAGCUGCGACGCAUGCUGUGCGACCAGCAGGACGAGUUCCUGGCACGGCGCCAGGAGGAGCAGGUGCGCUUCUCCUCCUGCCAGGCCGAUGCCUAUCUGCCCGACGACGUGCAGUUCUUCAGCGAUGCGCUCGACUCGAUGGAGGCGGCCAAGAAGUCGGGUCGACCCGUUCUGCCCAUAGCCCGGGCAGUGGAGACCUAUCGACGCGAGAAUCAAAUCGAGUUGCCCAAUACCCGGAUGAUGGCCCGCAAGAAGAUACGCGACUAUUGCUGGCCCGGCUACUACUCGAAGGCCGAGCUGGCGUUCAAGAACUACGAGCACCGCAACAAGUGCCUCGACGAGCAGCAGCAUGAGCGCAGAGAGAUGCUCGAGAAGUCCGCCGAAAUCAUGAAGAUGGCCGCCGAAGAGAAGCCGUACAAGAAGUGCGACAAGGAGACGCCCCUGAAGCUGAUCCAGCAUCGCGGCCUGCCCGCCCUCGAGAGUGUGGACUCCUUCGACUACGGCAGUAAUCUCUGCCUGGCUGAUGAUGCUCUGCCAGCUCACCUCAAUUCCGCAAUCAAUCUAAUCCAAUUGGAGUCCAACAGCAACUCUCCGAUCAAUAUGUCCAGAUUGAAGCAGCAUUCCGGAACUCUGAAAUCGCCAAAGAAAGGGGACGAAGUCAUUUGCUGCUCACCGGCUAAUUCAUGCUCAACAUCAUUAGAUAGUAGGAUAAUCCACAAAACAUUGUACUCUUGGCGCUAG